CAAAAAUGGUUUAGUGCAUAAAAAGCAAAUAAGCAGAACGCACGUAAACAAUGCUUAAACAGCCAGUGAAUUAAACGACUACUACGAGUAUUUAUAUGAAUUGUAUAUACAAUUAAGCGGCAAACCAGCAGACCAACAAAAAUAAACUAGGAAGGAACCUAUAAAACUAGAUAACUAGUCAAUAAAUAAAAAAAACUACAUACAUAUAUACAUUCAAACGAAAAGAAAAAAAAAUAUGCAAGAACGUACUUAAAAAAAAAUGUUAUAACGAGAAUGCAAUUUAAAAAAAAAUAAAAAACAAAUCGAAACGUAUACACAGAAAUUAUGGAUAAAGUUGAACGUUCCACAGUGGCGGUAACAACAUAAAAUUCUACUAAUGCUUGUUUGGUUGUAGUAGAGUCUAGAGCGGUUUUAAAAGUUUUUAAAUUCAUCCCUUAAAAUGCUUCGUUCCAACGAAACUAAUAUAGUAAUGGGAGUUUUAAACAACAAUCAAACGAUAAAUAUUCAAAAUAACAUGAAUAAUCUUAAUAACGAUGUUGCGCCAAUGGGUUGUGCGGCACAGCAGGCAGCAAGUGCAUUCGAUGCAUUGCCCAAAGCAUUUGUUCAGUCAAUGAAAACUUUAUUCGAUAUAUUGGAUGAUCAACAGACGGGUUAUGUGAAAUUCAUAGAUAUAGAAAAGGGAUGGCAAGAUGAUGGUAGUAAAGGUUUGCCCAGAGGUGUCAUGGAAUCUUUGCGUAAAGUAACACCAACCAGUGGACUGUUGACAUUCGAAAGAUUUUGUGCAGGUUUGAAAUUAUGUUUGCUACGCAAUCAAAGUCAAGCUCAAGGGCAAAAUGAAAAUAUUUUAAUAAAACAAAUGGGAAAUAAUGGUAAUUCAAAUAAUAAUGGUAGUGCCAACAGCGGUGGCUGGAAGAAUAAGUCACAUGUUAAAACAGCUAGGCCACCAUCAGCGCCAGUUUUAGAUAUACAAAAUCCCUUGCCUACAAACCGUUGGUCUGCAAAUGUAAGACCACAUAACAUUUCUACAUCACACAGAGCUUUAAGUCUGCCACAAUUAAGUCCCGAUUCAGAAGUAGAAUUGGCAACACCUUCCAAUGCUCUUAGAACAACAUAUAAUUCCCCGCCGCCGCCACCCAAGCCACCCAGGGCAUCUGCUUUAAAUGCCAACACGGCAAAUGCUGGAGUCUUAAGUGCCUCUAAUAAGGCGGAAAUAAGAAAUGCUUUACAAAACUGGCAAAUGGGUGUAAUGCGCAAUGAAUUGGAUCUGAAGGAAAAACAAAAUCCCAACAAUUUCUUGCAACAAUGCGGCUAUAGAGGCAGUGCGGAUGGUGGUUCAUCUUCGGCCACUGACAGUGGCAACAUCACAAAUAUGCCAUUAAAGAAAACCACUACCAAGAGAAGAGAACCCCGAAGACAUACAUUACAAAACGGUAUCGAUUACAACAUGCUAAAACGUCUAAAACAAUACGAAGAAGAGAGAGAGGUUUUGUUACUCGGUUUAAAUUCGGUAGACAAAACACGAGAGUGGUAUAUGCAACAAAUAGUUACGGUACAGGAGAAAAUCAAAUAUUUAGGACGCAUGGGAUCCUCAAAUGUGGAGCAAUGGUCUGAAGUGCAACAAGAACGUUUAAAUUUCCAAAGAGCCCGUGUUUUGGAAGUCAACAGAAGUCUAUCGGCCUUAGCAGAAUGUUGGGAAAGAGGAGGUUUUCCUUUUCAUUUCAAUUUGGCUAUAAGAACACCCACAAAACCUAGUAUUAAUCGUACAAAUGUUAACGCUACCACAACAAUGUCCGAUCGUCUGCGCCAACAAAAUCGUUUAUUAGCCAGUGAGGGGCAUCUAAAGAGUGAACGUAUUGCAAUGUUAGAAAGAGAAAAACAAACCCUUUUGGCGGAACUUUUUGAACUGAAACAGCGCUCUGGCCUUGCAAGGCAUACCAAUAGUUAUUUAAAUGUUUUGAGUCAAUCAUCACCCGGUUGCAGUUCUUCUUCCGGUGGCUUAGGUGAUGCUGAUGUAGUUUAUUGAUUGUAAUGGCAGUAUAGUUAUAGUUUAAAACAAUUCAUUACAACUGUUUGGUAAUAAAAUAAUUUGGCAAAGAAUUGAAU